ACUUCACGAAGCCCAGCCAAGGCAGCCUCAGCCCCCUUCCCCUCAUCUUCCCAAUCCCCCCCUCCGCGCGCCGCCCUGGUCCGGCCGUCUCCUUCCAAUCCGCGGGGUCUGUCCUCUUCCCUUCCUUCCCUCCCCCUCACCCCCUUCCACCGAUCUUCCAGCGCGUCCCCGGGGGCAAAGUGUGGGAAGUGCGAGUUUCCGCUCCAUUUGUCUGUCCCCGGCCGCCUCACCCCGCCUCGCUCUGCAAGUCCACAGAGCAGCCCAGGCGGAGGCAGCAGCAAGACGGUCGCAGAGAGCGGGAGCCCAGCGCUGCGGAGGGCUUUUUCCUGGCGAACCGCAGCGGCGGCAGCUGCGGGAGCAGGCGAUGCCCCCCCUGGGUUGGGUUUCGGCGCUCUAAAGGAGAUUUACGCGGAAGAGCGGGGCAAACUGCUGGGGGUCCGCAUCAGGAUCUCGCUUUUGCCUGCCUUGCAGCGGUUAGAGCCGGGCUCGGGAAACGCGUCCCCACAGCCAGAGGAGGAGCCCGAACCGCAGCCGUCUCGCAAGACAGAGGGGGAUGCCGGAGAGACGCCGAGGGAUCGGGGGAAGCAGCAGUCCGCAGCCCGCCCUAGUGGGAUGGAGUCGCUGCCGCCGCCGCCGCUGCUGCUACCGCGCAAGACCCGCUUAAUGCAGCUGCUUCUCGUCUGCUGCUGCUUGGCUCUGCUCCCGCCCGCAGCGCAGCCCAUCUGCCCGGAGCCAUGCGACUGCCAGCAGCAGCAACACCUCCUCUGCACCAACCGGGGGCUGCGGGCAGUGCCCAAAGCCGUGGAGCCUCAGGACAUCCUCACUUAUAGCCUCGGCGGGAACUUCAUCGCCAACAUCUCCGCUUUCGACUUCCACCGCUUGGUGGCGCUGCAGCGCCUGGACUUGCAAUACAACCGGAUCCGCACUCUCCAUCCGAAGGCCUUCGAACGCCUGGCGCGCCUGGAGGAGCUCUACCUGGGCAACAACCUCUUGGCAGCCUUGGCCCCGGGCACGCUGCGCCCUCUGGCUAAGCUACGCAUCCUCUAUGUGAACGCCAAUGAGAUAAAUUACCUGAAUGCAGCUUCUUUUGCCGGGCUGGGCAGUCUGGUCAAGCUACGGCUAGAUGGCAACGCAUUGGGCUCGCUGGGCGACGCCACUUUCUCAGGGUUGACCAAUUUGAUCUAUUUGCACCUGGAGGCCAACCACAUCCGCUGGCUGAGCCGCAACGCUUUUGCUGGCCUGGGGAAACUACACUUUCUUGACCUGUCUGGGAACCAGCAGAAUUUGUUGCGCCAUCCUGAUGUCUUCAAGCCAAUGCGCUUGCUCAGCACCCUCCUCCUCUCUGGCAACAACAUGCAGCAGCUGGGGAAAGGACUCUUCCAACAUCUCCCCAACUUGGCCAAGUUGUCACUGAGUGGUAACCGCCUGGCUUGGUUGGCGCCGGAGGCCUUUGCUGGUUUGGGUGCCCUCAAGGAAUUGCGGUUGGAAGGAAACCUUCUGAGCCAGCUGCCGGCCGCCCUGCUGCAGCCGCUGCGUAGCCUUGAGGUGUUGGAUCUGAGCCGCAAUGUGCUGACUGCCCUCCACAUUGGGGCCUUUGGUCACCUGCACAAGCUGCGGGAGCUCAGCUUGCAGGAAAAUGCCCUGGUCAUGGUGUCUGGUGACAUCUUUGCCUCCAGCCCAGCUCUCUACCGCUUGGAACUCGAUGGGAAUCCCUGGAACUGUGAUUGCCACCUGCGAGGCUUGAAGCACUGGUUGGGCUCCUGGCAUUCCCAGGGACGGCUCCUCACUGUGUUUGUGCAGUGCCGGCAGCCACGUGCCCUGGCUGGGAAAUACCUUGAUUACCUGGAAGAUGCACAGCUCCGCCCCCCUCUCAAUGGCUCUUCCUGUUCUGAAGUGAUUGUCUCUCCUUCCCCACUCUCUCGAGGCAACAGCAGCUUUGGAAUGGCCCUGGCACAGGAGAAACUUGGCACCUUGCCCUCUGCCUCCACCAUUCAGGUGGUGGGCUCUCAGAAGAUCUUGGCCUCGGCGCCAGGAAGAGAGAGUGGGGGAGUUGACACCAGUCCGACAACCUCAAUGCCCAGCUUGCAUAUCGGUACCAGGCCACCUUCUCUACCUGGUGCUGCUUGGCCUAGGCGGGCAGGGAAAUACCACUCGAUCUCCUCAGGGUCUGGCAUCCCUCCACUAGUCACGGACCCCUGUGAUUUUAACAAGUUGUUUCUGUACAACCUGUCGGUGGAGGCAGUGAGUGCCAGUGCAGUGACUGUGCGCUGGGGGGUCCGCCUGCAUCGCAGCCCCCGUUUGCUUGGGCCCGUGCGCUUCAGAGUCCUUUUUGAUCGCUUUGGAACUGCUGCCAAGUUCCAGCGUUUUGUUUAUCUCCCCGAAUGGAGUGAGCCAGUAACUACCCUGCAGGAACUGCACCCUAACACCCCUUACCUGGUCUGUGUGGAGGCAGUGAUUGGGGGCCGGGUCUGCCCGGUGGCACCACGGGACCAUUGUGCAGGGCUGGUCACCUUGCCUGAAGGGGGUACAGGCACAGCUGCUGCUGUAGCAGGUGGGGCCCAAAGUUUGGACCACCAGCUCCUCACCCUGGUGCUGCUGGCAGUCAACGCGUUGCUGCUUUUUCUGGCCCUGGCAGCCUGGGCCUCCCGCCUGGUGCGGAAGAAGGUGCUGGGCUGCCGGAGGCGGAAGGCGGCAUCGCCGGUACAUGUUAGGCAGAUGUAUUCAACCCGCCGGCCCUUACGCUCCAUGGGGACUGGUGUCUCUGCUGACUUUUCUGGCUUCCAGUCCCACCGUCCUCCCCGCAGCACUGUCUGUGCCUUGAGUGAGGCUGACCUCAUCGAGUUCCCAUGUGAACGCUUCAUGGACAGCGGCGCCGGAGGGAACAGCAGUGCCAGGCGUGGAGAGGAUCAUCUGUUGCAAAGGUUUGCAGACUAGAGACAUAGCCUGAACAGUGCUAUGCCGGAAUCAAGUGCCCGGCAUUGAGAUUUAGCAAGGUCUGCUGGGCACUGUAGCCUUUGCUUGGUUAUAUGUAGGCCUACCACUGUGCAAAAAUGAUGGCUCAUCAGACAAAGGGUGGAUGGCUCUAAAAUAGUGUAUGCUGUGAAAACAACAGCAGCAAAGUGAUUGCUACUUUUUCAUUUGGGGACCAAGCCUAGUUACAGCGGGAUUCUACCACUGUUCUCUUAAAACACCACUAUUCUUUACUGUAGCUGAGCAGGCACUGUCUCCUGUUCAUGAGCAACUAUCAAUAGCAGGAAGGGCUUUGUCAGGUGAAUUUCAUAGUUUUCCGCUCAUCAGUUGUCACACUGAGAUGGUUUACUUUAAAAAAAAAUUGUUUUGUAAUAGACCCUAACCUGUCGAUAUAAUUCUGUAGCUAAUCCUGAUUGUACUUGGCCAAGAAAUGGAUAACAGGAAUGAAGUAAAAAAAGACAGUAACCCUACAUAAAUGUUCAGAGCUGAAUUAGUUUCUGUGCCUUAUCUUUUACUCUGGCUUUGCACCAUGUUAAGUGUCGUAUCAAUUAAUGUGAGAUCAAGUCCUAGGUCACAGGACCUGGGUCUUCCUUAGAUGUUCUCCCCGCACGAGCACAACAGAAAACUGUUUCCCGCUUACAGGAUGCAGCAUAAAUCCUCCUCACCCAUUAGAAUGUGAGAAGAGCCUCGCUUGAUUAGACCAAAUGCCCAUCCACUGCAGCAUUCAGUUCAUACAGUGGCCAGCCAGAUGCCUAUGGGAAAACCCACAAGUAAGGAUGUGUCUUCCAACUCGUUUUUAGUACCUCUCCAUACAGGAGAUAAUAUAUAGCCACCACCAAUAUUAGCCACUGUUAGUCUUAUCCUCCUUGAAUUUGUCUACUCCCCUUUUAAAGCCAUCCUAGUUGGUAGUGAGUUCCAUAGUUUAUAUAUGUGCUGUGUGAAGAAUUACUUCCUUUUGUCUGUUCUGAUCUCAAACCAUUCACCUUCAUUGGAUAACCCCAGGUUCUAAUAUUAGGGGAGAGAGAGAGGAAAACUUCCUAGCUACUUUCUCCACAUCAUGCAUAAAUUAUAUUCACUUCUGUCAUACAUCUUGUUUCCAAACAGUAAAGUGCCAAAGUUUGUAACCUUUCUUUGUAGGGGAGUUGCACCAGCCCUUUGUAUUCCGUCUUAAACUUAUGGAGCCAAUGAAUGCGGCUACUGCCACCACUGGGGAUAUGCUGGCGCUGCUGUGCACAUGUUAACAUACACACACUGCAUGGAAUGCUACCACAGGAACAGGCUGCUCAGUGGCACUCUGAUGAAGGACAGCAAUGCCUAACCCAGCCUAAAGUUGAUAUAGAAUUAAGGCCUCCGUGCCUGAUUUGCAGGCAGUUAAAAUCAAUAACAUUUCAGACACUGACUUCAUUAACCUUUGGAUCACCCUUUAUUUAAGAUGAGCCAUGCUUGACUCUUUUGGCAAAUAAUGUGAAUGCAAAUUACUACUAUAGCCCAGGACUGGUCAUGAAUUUCUAAGAUUAAACACUGAUUUUUAAUACUCAUUAACUUUUUUCAGUCCUAGUCUUUGACUAAAACAUUUUCCCCCAAGAGGUGCCUUGAAAACAAGUAUUAACAUGUAAGUAAUCUGAAGAAAUUAGAAUGGCGUUUUUUAUACUGACCAGAGCCUUUUUUUAAUUAAUUCAGAUGAAUGUGAGCUGAUUUAAUGUGUUUAUAUACAAGUAUGCAAAACUUUGAUUCAAUUCAUGUUGGUUUUGCAAGACUAAAUUGCUGUCACCACUAUGGAAAAACUAACCUAAGUUUGUUGUAACUUGUUUAGAAUGGAUUAUUUUUAUAAUGGUCUUGAAUAAAUACUUUUUGGUACUUCUACAGCUUAGAAUGUUUUUCUUGUAAA